UUUGUUAUUACGAGUUUGACAGCGAUUUGUUGAUUAAAAUUUACAUUGGGUUUUUUCGUUGAUAAGGUGGUUCUCAAAAACUACAAUAAAAAGGAAACUUAUCGAGCUGCUUUCAGAUUCCGAAUAACACAUCAACUGUCUCAAAAUGAUGUCCCAAUACAUGGAGGAGCUGGAACAAGAUCCCUUCGACGUUGCGGAGUUUAUAGAGCGAUUGACUUGGCGGACGAACAACGAAAUCGGUUCCGACCAAUUUGACCCUGACGUCCUGCAUGAGACUUUCGUGCAAACGAUUAAAGACCUCAAAUUGCUGCAAGAGAAACAGCAGAAAAAGUGCGAAAGGCUGGAGGAGGCGUUGAAGGAAGAGCAAAAGGUUUUUGCCGGUCACGUCGAUAAAUUGCAGGAAAGACAUCAAAUCUCAGUCGAAUGGUUUCGUCAAUUAGAUGAAAAAAUCAAUUCAGUAGCUGGAAAAGUAAUACAUCUUGGCGAACAACUAGAAAACGUGAAUACACCUCGCAGUAGAACGGUCGAAGCUCAGCGUCUCCUCAAUCACGUAUCUGAAUUUCUUCGUCCUGGGCCCAUUGUCAAUGAUAUUUUCACAGACAAAUCCCGUCUUUUCGAAGCUGCAGAUAUCAUUCAGAAGUUGUAUCUAAUUGCGCAAGAUCUUCCAUCUGAAAAAUUUGGUGAAGCGAAACGUAAAAUUGACGCUAAAUACGAUGAGAUCGAACGAGGACUUAUCGAAGAGUUUGCUGCUGCGCAGAAAACCGAGGACAUUGAAAAAAUGAAGAAAAUUGCAACGAUAUUAUCACAGUUCAAAGGCUACUCACAAUGCAUUGAUGCAUAUAUUGAGCAAAGUCAAAUGAUCCCGUACGGUGGAAAAGACAUUUUCGUAGGAAUUGUCCCUAUGUGUCGCCAUCACUAUGAAAUAAUCAAAAAAGUUUUCGCAAGUCCAAAUCAAGUCAUGGCGAAAUUCAUUUUAAAUAUUUACCAGUUGAAACUCAAUCAAUUCGCGCAAACAAAACUGGACGAUAAGAAAGAUGACGAUAAAUAUCUCCGAACGCUUUAUGAAAUGUAUUCCAGGACGCUGAAAUUAUCAUCCGAACUCCAAGAAUUCAUGGUGAAUAGUGACGAUGAUUUGCUUUCAAAACUAACUGCAAAUAUUUUCGCCAAGGACCUUACUACAUACAUUGAGGUAGAAGUGCGUUGUUUGAAUGCAAAAUGCAGUACUGAAUUAAAAAAGUACUAUGAAAGCAAAAAGCACCAGAAGAAACAAACAGAAAGAUUCCAAGAACUCAGGCGUGAUAUGCAGCUACUCAUUGGAACCAGAGCAAACAUAAAUAUUGCGCAAAUCGAGGAUUAUGGUGGCGAGACAUUCCUGUCUGAGGAACUGGCUAUAAAUCUGCUACAGGAAGCAAAGGCAUCGUUCAAACGUUGUCGACUACUUUCAAAAGAAGACCAACUUGCAACGAACAUGAUAAAACUAGCCGACAUAUUGUUAAGAUAUUUAAUGCAUGAACAUGUUAACUAUGCCCUUGAUUUGGGGUUGCAAGCAAUUCCAAUAGCGGAAAGUAAAACGGCCCCACUGAUCUAUUUUUUCGAUGUAGUUCAGAAGAGUAACACAAUCGUACAUUUACUGGAAAAGCUUUACAACGCUAGUAUUAUUCCGGCGGUCAUGAAUACUCCAAAGUACGCGGAGUGCUUACAGAAAAAACGCUACAUGAUGGAGCAUAUAGAAAACAAGCUAGAUACGGGUCUGGAUCGAUCUAUAGGCGCAGUGAUUGGAUGGGCAAAAGCAUAUUUGCAGGUGGAGCAAAAGAAAACCGAUUUCAAACCAGACACCGAUGUAGACACGGUUCCUUCAGCGGCUUGCUUGACCGUUGUUCAAACCAUUCAGCCAAUUAUUGACCAAAUUAAGAAAUGCGUUGAUGGGGAAAACGUACAAGCUACAUUGACGGAGUUCGGUACACGACUUCACCGAGUGAUCUACGAGCAUUUGCAGCAAAUGCAGUUCAACACGGCCGGCGCUAUGUGUGCUAUUUGCGACGUGAAUGAGUACCGAAAAUGUAUCAGGUCGUUAAAUAGCCCAUUGGCUACACAACUUUUCGAUAUUCUACACGCUCUCUGCAAUCUGUUGUUAGUUAAGCCGAAAAAUCUACAGGAAGUGUGUACUGGGGAGACAUUGAACUACUUGGAUAAAUCCGUUGUAUUGAAUUUCAUUCAGUUGCGGGAGGAUUAUAAGACGUUGAAGAUUUCAAACACCCUUAAAGGGAUAACUGAACAAAGGCUUUAAGUCAUUCAAACAUCCUAAAAGGGACAGCAUAAUAUUGGUUUUAAGUUAUAUGCAAGUAAAAUAUGUUUAUAUAAUAUGUUAUAAAACAACUGCUAGAAAAUAUACUAAUAUACAAACCUA